UAGGUUCCCAUUAUUCGAGAAACCCCCUGAACUGUAACUUUCAUCAAUGUAAAAAGACACAAAGAGGUGAAGGAAAAAAGGCCAAACUCUUCAAUGAGAGUUCUCUGACUGAUACCAUCUAAUUUUGCAUGCAUGGGUCAAUCCAACAUAUGGGAGUGGCUUUGAUGCUAGUGAUCUUUCUUAUAUAUGAGCAAAUAUGGCAAAAGUAGACUACAGUUAUUGCACCAAAUUUGAAGGUUUCAAUACUACUAUUUGGAGCAAAUGGAGAGUAAGAGGAGCUGUACUACUACUGCUGCUGCUACUAGUAGUAAGGAAAAAGAAGAGGAAGAAGCUGAGGCUCUCAAGAAGAGAAUCUCUAGCCAUCCUUUGUAUGGACUCUUGGUUCAGACUCAUAUGGACUGUUUGAAGGUUGUUAGCAUAGAUGAAGCAGACCAAUGCCAUAGCAUGAAGCAGAAGGUAGCUGCUGGUAGAAAUAUCAGUUCAAGCUCUCUAAGUCAGCCAGAGCUAGAUCACUUCAUGGAAGCAUAUUGCUUAGCUUUAAGCAAGCUGAAAGAAGCAAUGGAGGAACCUCAGCAUGAAACAAUAGCUUUCAUCAAUAGCAUGCAUCUGCAACUUAGGGAGCUCACUACAACGUAUACUGAAACUUCUGAUGAGCCUUCCACCACUUCAUCAGACAUCAGGAGGAAGCAUGACUAAUACAUGAUGGACCCAAGAAUGAACAAAAUGCAGAGUUGAUUUUUGAUGAAAUUCAUGCAACAGAAUCCUUGUCAUCAUAAAUUCAAGUAUAAAACCUUUCUUCAUAAA